UUACUGUAUCCCCGAACAGUUGAAUGAGAUCAUUCUUGGUUAUAAUGUUACUGAUGAUAAUGUUGUUUAUCUAGUUCCUUUCUUACUUAAGUGAAAGAGCUUGCCUUAAAAUUAACACUCAGGUGUGAUAACAAUUCUAUAAUAUCAACAGUAAAGUAACCAAAAUCUUUGUAUUUUUUAUUUGUAUCUUCUACAAAAAUAUGUACUGAAAAUAUGUACAAGGCGUCCUUAGCCAUGAUUAGCUUAGUAUGGUUAUGCUGAAAGAACUGUGUCCAGAAAGACCCAGAAAAAUAUAUGCCAUACUUACAUUCAGAUAUGCUUCUGGCAAUAAGAGCUGAUGGCUCCGCCAGGUUGAUAUUCAACCUGAGACACCUAAACACCUAGGUAUUAACCAGGUAAUUUUGAUACAGAUCACAGAUUAUAACGGUAAUUAAACAUUUUAUCAUUUUACAAAGCCAGGAUUGUCUUGUAAAAUUAGACAUCAUUGGUAACAGUAAUGAGAUUCUCACAAGGUCAGGAUUGGCUUGUACAAUCAGGCAUCACUGGCCUAUUUUCUGCCUGCAUAUGGCAGCCAUUUCAAAUGGUCGCGGAGACCCUACAGGCUGGAGGUGCCCUCCUUCUGUUUUAUUUAAGCUAUUAAGUUUUGGUCUAUUGAGACCGUUGCAAAAUUAACUUCACAGGUCUUGUAGACUGUGAGGAUUUUGGAAAAGCUUAAUUGGCACUACAGCCACAUAAAGUGCCUUCUGAUUUAGUUGGACAAUUAUCUUUUGGGUCUACCAUGACUAAUCCAAUUUAACUUCACAGGUCGCGGAGACCAUGGAGGUUUUGGUAAAGCCUGAUUGGCAGGACUAUUCCAAUUCAACUUCACAGGUCGCGGAGACCAUGGGGGUUUUGGUAAAGCCUGAUUGACAAGACUAUUCCAAUUCAACUUCACAGGUCGCGGAGACCAUGGAGAUAUUGGUAGAGCUUGAUUGGCACUCCAAUCACAAAAAGGGCCACAGCCCUCUGAUUUAGUUAAACUAUCAGGAUUAUUCUAAUAAUUUAACUUCACAGGUCUCGGAGACCAUGGAGAUUUUAGUAAAGCCACAGAAUGAGCUACAGCCUUCUAGUUAGACAAUUAUCUUUUCGUCUACAAGGAUUGUUCCAAUUAACUCUACAGGUCCCGGAGACCAUAGAGAUUUUGGGAAGGCAGGUUUGGCACAUCAAUUACAAAGUGUACAUUGUAAGCCUGGAUACUUGUGCCUCAUGUGUAAUACUAUAGAAAUGUCUGUGUUAUUGCCAGUCCCAAAAGCCUCAAAGAUAGAGCAUACUGUGGUAGUCAUUAAAAGGACCAUGUCUUGCACUAAAUAAGAGUUGCAGACAGUUCUAGACAUCUAACACUGAGAGGACUGUACAGUUGUCGCCUCCAGGUAUUUCUCUAGAGUUUCGCGCACAGCAGACCAAGAGAGAAAGGCUUUCCCUCUACAUGCUAUACAAGACUUAAGAGUUGUGGAAAAGAAACAUAGACAGAAAUGUAAUAGUCUUUGUAAAAGAACAAGUUUCUCACUUCCUAACUACAGAUACCGCGGAUGCGGGCUGAGUAGGACAUCUGAACAGUACUUACCUGUCAGAGAAAUGAAGAGGGAAGCAGGGGACUUGGCAUUAGAACUUCUGACUUAGAUGUCGUGUACCAGAUAUGCAAUAAAAGUGCUUCUGAGUAAAUUGCAAGGGGUGCACAUCCUGUAGCCCAAGCUAUCAAUCAGACUUUGGUCGCCCACAUACAAAGGUUGCUGACUCUCUUAGCUCUUACAACUGAGUAACUGUACCUAGCUGAAAAGUUGAGAAUAACUCUUGGCACGCUUCCAGGACGCCUAAGUGGCCUUUGAUUUAGAUUGCCUCUCAAGAAAUCAACCUGUACCGGAGUGGCUUCUCCUACCUUGUACAACAGGAAAUAUAAUAUUUCGGAAGCUCCUGAUAUGGACCAUUUCGCUACCCAAAGGAAUGCUUUAGUGCCAAGGCAUAUUUGCCAAAGCCUGCUCCGAAUUUUGCGACAUCUGCAGUCGUUGAUGGAGCUGACGCCUAGACUGAAUAUUCCCUUUCAAGGGUAAUCCUCCAAGUGCACUAGCGCACCUCGCACCCCGGGACCGGGGCAGAUACAUAGCACCCAAGGGUGGCUUAUGGUUGAUAUAAUAAAUAAUAAUAAUAUACGGGCAUUUCUCCGCAACUCAAUGUCAAGCGCCUAAAGAUGGCUUAUGGUUAUUGACUAUUAUGGUUAUAUAUGGUUAUUGACCCGGAAGUCAUGAGCACUCAGACCAUUGGUGAAUGGCCUUACGGCCUUAUGGCCCCCCAACUGCUCAGUCAGAAAAAGGGGGGGGGGAGGGGAGAAAACAGCCCAUUGUAAAGCAAAGGAGAAAGAGCAGUUAAGUAGUGGUGCCCCUCCACAGUGCCAACAUAUGACCCUCCAAGCAGGAGGUGACUUUCAUAAUGCAAUGCUAAAAAAAAAAAAAAAAAAAGAAUGCAUGUAAUCUAGUACACAGGGAUUCUAUUUAAUUGGCUUAAGUCUAUCAUAAGCAAGCUCAACCUGUUCAUGACAUGAACAUGACUUCUGAAAACCUCAAAAUACAGUUUUUUAUCACAGCAAGAUAAGAUUAUAACCUGACCAGAAUUUGGAUACUAAAUGGAUACAACAACACAUUAUCCAUCAGGUGGUCGGUUGUGAGGAAACUCAGACACAUAGAUAUGCCCAGUGACCCAUGUGGAAAGGUUGGUUCAAGUAACAAAGGACUGAUUUUCAAUCUUAAAAGUAGAUAAUUGAUUCUUAUCUAAAUUAUAUAAAGGGGCGGACCCUUUAACCUUGCAACACAAACCAUUAUCUCUGGCUAGUUAAGGUCCCUCCAGAUCUUAAAGACAGUAAACAUAGCAGCCCUGUCCAGCAGUGGCUUCAAGAAUGUGGUAAGGGCACCAACCCGUGGAGGCAGUGGAAGGACCAUACAGUCAAUUAUAAAAGUUUUACUGUCAAUCAGUCAAUUUAGCCAGUGCCAGUGAGUCUGGUUUACUUUAAGCAGAUAUCAAACACAUCUUCAUCCAACGCUGUGUGUUUUAGAAAGACACAUAAUAUUGAUGUUUUGCAUUAAAACAAAACAUGUAUUAUGUGUCGAAUAAAACACACAGCGUUGCAGUUUACUGCUUGCUGAUGAAGAUGCUAUGGAGCUUGGAAGAUGACAGCGCGUCAAAGGCGAUGAUGACAGAUGCCAUACUAGGGACGCGCUCUUGCUAGUGAGGUGAAAGAUCCAUCGAUAUUUGAUAAAAGACAACGGAAAUGUUUAUAGACGAGAAUGAAACGCCAGAGUCAUGGUGGGUGUCGGCUGUGCUACAAACAAUCCGUGCCGUUGUCCUCGUGUACGACAUACUGUCGUUCCCAGUCCACCUCAUCCUGCAGAGGCCGUGGAGGAAACGCUCCAUGUCCAGACGAAUUAAGGCGCGCAUAAUAGAAUCCUCGCCGGACAGCAUCACAGUGCGAUCCGUGUCAACCCCGUGCGCGCUGCACCAGCGGCUCGUGCGCGACAACGUGACCACGAUGGAGGCAAUGCUGCGUGCGGCCGCGGCGCGCUGGCAGGAGCGGCCCUGCCUCGGCACAAGGACCGUGCUCAGCGAGGAGGACGAGCCGCAGGCCAACGGACGCGUGUUCAAGAAGUACAAAAUGGGCGAGUACGUGUGGCGGUCGUUCCGCGACGUGGAGCAGGAGGCGUGCUGGUUCGCGGCCGGGCUGCACGAGCUGGGCUGUGCGCCGCGCCGCAACGUCGUCAUGUUCGCGGAGACGCGCGCCGAGUGGAUGGUCGCAGCGCACGGCUGCUUCAAGCGGAGUAUACCCGUGGUCACAAUCUACGCAACCCUAGGCGACGAAGCCAUUGCGCACGGCAUCAAUGAAACAGAAGUGUCCACAGUUAUCACCACGCACGAUCUCCUGCCAAAGUUCAAGAAGAUCCUGGCCAAAACACCCAAGGUGGAAACUAUCAUCUUCAUGGAAGACCAACUCAAGACCACGGACAGAGAUGGCUUCAAGCAGGGUAUUAAGAUCGUCGCGUAUAAAGAAGUAAUUGAGAAGGGAAAGCAGUCGAAAGUUGAAUCCCUCCCACCCCUACCAACCGAUACAGCGAUAGUGAUGUACACGUCCGGUUCGACCGGCGUGCCGAAGGGCGUAGUGUUGUCCCACCGCAACAUGGUCGCCACGCUCAAGUCGUUCGCGGACGGAGUGCCGAUUUACGAUGACGAUAUGCUGAUGGGAUUCCUACCCCUGGCCCAUGUGUUUGAACUGCUAGCGGAAAGCUUGUGUAUUAUUGGAGGUGUGCCAAUCGGUUAUUCCACACCGCUAACGAUGUUGGACUCGUCGAGCAAGAUCAUGAAGGGAACUAUGGGAGAUGCCACUAUCUUGAAACCAACAUGUAUUACCACUGUACCUUUAAUAAUGGACCGUAUCAGCAAGGGCAUAACGGACAAAGUGUCUCGCAGCGGCGAGUUCGCGGGCGCGUUCUUCAAGUGGGCCUACGCGUACAAGCAGGGCUGGAUGAAGCGCGGAUACGAUACGCCGAUACUUAAUACUAUUGUGUUCAAGAAAGUGCGCGCGCUACUCGGCGGUCGAGUACGUCUCAUGAUAGCGGGCGGGGCCCCGCUGGCGCCCGACACGCACACGCAGGUGCGCCUGUGCCUGUGCUGUGACGUCAUCGCCGGCUACGGCCUCACCGAGACCACCUCCUGCGCGACCAUCAUGGACCUGCUCGACCGAUCUACAGGCAGAGUAGGCGCUCCCACGACGGGCACAGACAUCAAGCUGGUGAACUGGGAGGAGGGCAACUAUCGUGUCGGCAACAAACCAUACCCACAGGGAGAAAUAGUAAUAGGCGGUGACAGUGUAGCGGAAGGUUAUUACAAGAAUCCGGAGAAGAGUCGAGAGGAGUUCAUAGACGUGAGCGGCCGGCGCUGGUUCCGAUCUGGUGAUAUUGGAGAACUGCAUCACGAUGGGUGUAUUAAGAUUAUCGACCGCAAGAAGGAUCUAGUCAAGUUACAAGCCGGUGAAUACGUGUCCCUCGGCAAAGUGGAAGCGGAACUCAAGACAUGCCCCAUAGUAGAGAACAUUUGUGUAUACGGUGACAGCUCCAAGACAUACACUGUAGCCCUUCUGGUGCCAAACCCGAGACAUUUAGCGGAAUUAGCGGCCAGAAUUGGCCUGCCAGAGAUGGACUUUGAUCAGCUGUGCCAGAAUAGCGAGGUGGAAAAAGCUGUUGUUAAGGAAUUAGCCGAUCAUGCGAGGAAAUGUGGCCUAGAGAAGUUCGAAGUGCCCGCCGCAGUGAAACUAUGCACAGAAGUUUGGUCCCCAGACAUGGGCCUUGUGACCGCUGCCUUCAAGAUCAAGAGGAAAGACAUCCAAGAGAGAUACAAGGAAGAUAUCAAGAGAAUGUACGCGUCGUGAGACGAUCGCACGCUUCGGUACUAAAGUGUUCGUUUGGUGUCAAAAGUGUCAAAGUGUAGUGUUAGUGUCUUUAUGUGAUUGUGUUUGGUGUCAAAAAUUAUGUAUUAUUCAUCUUUUUUGUGAAAUUCCUGCGCAGAAAUUAAAAGAAUAAGACUAAAUGUUAUUGGUACUUUAUAAAAAUAUUAUGUUACAGUUUAUGUAGUUAUUUUUUGUUGUCAUUUGAUUAUUGAUGAUAUAAAUGGUGUGUAAAAUAACUGUGCAGGAAUCGGUCAAAGAGCGUCAAAAACGUAUUUAUAACAAUAUUUUAACUCUUAUAAAUAGUUAAAAGCACAUUAAGACAUUAGUUUUAGACUGAAAUUAAGUUAUUUAGAUCAAAAAUAGGUUACCUUGAAAUUAUUUAUGUACAUUUUACCGAUUAUUUUUUAUACUUAUACAUAGACACUACAUACCUCGACCAUAAAAUAUCACGAUUCAAAACAACUACCGUGAUAAUAUAGUACCGGAGCUCAAAGCAUCGACUUCGAUGAUACAAGCCACUAAGAAGUCGGUCCACUCUCUGCCUCUAUGAGGUUCUCGGCUUUUAAAUUCGUUUGUAAAUGGUUGUAUAAAUAUCAUGUAAUAUUGAUUGAGAUUAAAUUUUAUUUGUAUAUCGUGCAUCACAUUAUGUUAAGGUGUUAAAUUUUAUGUAUGCCAAAUAAGUGUUAUGGACUAGGGUGUUAUCCAUGUAAUGUAAGUUUUUCUGUAAUAUACGGCGAUGUAACUUCCUUUUGUAUAAUAACAAAACACUUAACAUUUUGUGUGUAUGUGUCAAAAUAUAAUUACAUUUUAUUGAAAUCAUUUGGUCCAUAACAUUUUUUAACGUGUCGUCGUAAAUGAAUAGUUUUAGAUUCAUCAAAUUAUUAUAUAGUCUGUGUAUUUUCAACUUGUAUAUACUUUAAUUUACAUAAUAAAUUGUAGUUACGGAAUUCUCGCUGUACUUUGUAAUGUAGCUUUUCUCUUUGAUAGAGCAGUAUACAUUUAGAUCUGAUGUUUUUAUGAAAUGUAAGUGAGAAACGAAGUGCAAUUGUUUUUGAUGUCAUGCGAUAGAUAAUCCAAGAUGGCGGCGGAAUAGUUAAAAUAUAUGAACUACUCAAAUAUUUUUCUCAACCAUAUUGGAUAAAUAAUUUAGUUUAGAUGAAUCUGUCGUGUGACGAUUUAGAAAUUGGCCUAGUGUAUCCUAUAGGUCGUUGUGUCGAAUCGUUUCGAUGCGGACAAAUAAAAUAAAAACUUUAAAAAUAAGUAAUCGUUUUAGUACUUAGGGGGACGGGGAAGCAUGCCACUGUUGUAACAGCCGUAGUUCACUAUUUAUUUAUGCGUUUGGAGCAUAAUCGAGUAACCAAAUGUUUUAGUUGUAUUAGGCGAAUGUACUCGUAGCGGGCCUACGCGUAUACCUGAAUGUGAGAUUCUUCAGGCAAUUUUGUAAUACGCGCGCAAAGGUCCUAGAUGUCGCAUUUUUAUUUCGAUAUGACGUGUUUCUUUAAAUUAUUGUAAAUGUGUAUAUAUUGGUGGCACAUGUUAAUAACCUCAAUUUUAAUGUUAUGGUGCACUGGGAUUUAGUAAUAGAGUCGAUUCCUAGAUGUUUUUUAACUAUUCAUUUUCAUAUAGUUUUAGUUGUUUGUUCACUUGUUUUUAGUAUUUAUUAAAUCCGAGUGCAUCUCUCGCUACUCGAUACUCGUUUAAGUAGGCUUUAAAUGGAGCAAAAGCAAUAAUGUGUUAACAUAAGCCGAUUCCGUUAAGCAUUUCAAAUAUGUACUACGCAUUUUCAGGCAUUUUAAGCCCUCUAUAAUCGAUGUUUUGUAAAAUAACUGCUAAAGCAGUCUGCUAACUUAAGUAUAUAUAUAUAGAUGUAUAUGAAUAUAAAAUUCCAUCAAUGUAUUUAUUUUAUAAGUGUGGAUGUUACUGUCAUAGGUAGCGGCAUAUUUUUUGAUGUUAAUUGUUUUGAAUCAAGUAAAUUGAAUGUUAAUCCAUGUCAGUAGGAGUCACUUGCUCAGUUCUUUUUUCGUUUGGUAUCCUUAAUGUUUCAACUGAAAACGUUUUUUGUAUUAUUUAUUCAAUAAAUAAUGUUAAUAAAAUCA